AUGAUAUUUCUAUUCACAACAUUUCAAUCGCUAAAUAUAUCAGACAUCGAUUCCCAUGUAUUACUACACAAUAGAGUAAAGAAUACAUUAGUCGAGAUAGCAAUCAAUGGUCGUUGCGAUCUACCGAAGCCUACUGUAGUAUAUGUUAACGAUACUAAUAAUAAGAUAUAUUUGCCCCGGGCUACCAUACUGUAUCGGUGUAGUGAUCUGUUUGCCUGUUGUCCCAAUCCGAGACAAACUUGUAGAGCCAGUGAGGAACAGGAGGUCGACAUUGGUUUUUAUACAUUGGUUAAAACAGAUGAUGGCAUUACGGAACGACACAUUGAGACAAUUAGGUUUUCCAAUCAUACAAAAUGUCAAUGCCGUCGACGAGACGAUCUGCAGACUAGCGGAUCCACUAUAAGACAUGAAAAUAUCAAUGGAAAAUAUCCACAUAAAGAAGUUACGACAAAACAAUUGAAUGAUAGCAAAGGGCAUAAUAAGACAAUGUUUAUUGAGAUGCAUAUGAAAAAAACUAAUAAUUAUACCACUUCUUUCAUAUCAUCAACAACGACAACAAGAUCUUUGACACCCAAAAUAGUUUCGAAGACUACAACUAUACCUCAUAUUAGUAUAUCCUCUAAAAAACAGACCAUAACUUCUAUACAAUACACACCAACGACACAGAGACCAAGUUUAAGAAUAACUAAAUUGUUGUCGACGAGCACUUCCAGCAAAACACUAUCGACCACAACAUCGACACAUAUCAAUCCCACUGUCAUCGGUGGCAAAACAAUUGAAAAAUUUCAAAAUUCAUAUACAUCUGCACCAACAAGAAAAUUACAUACAAUUGGCAUCAUUUUUAACACAACUGUACCAACAACUCAAACAAUAUCAUCGACUACUAUAAGAUCAACACUAAAGAUGACAAAAACAACUGAACCGCAUAAGAGUACCAUUAAUUAUGGAGAAUUGGAACGGGAAGAGGAUCUCAACCCAGAAGAGGACGUCACUUCUUAUUCAAAGCCCGGCCACGGAUUUGAUAUUUUCUUUACAAAUGAUGUAUUUUUUAGGUCAUACACGAGUACAACACCGAUGCCAUCGCCGUACAACAGGCCACUGGUCACCAAACGUUGUAAUCGACAUUAA